ACCAAAGCCCGCCUGCUGUAAGCAAGCGGAGGGGCAGGUCCAUCCGAGGGAGACUAAAAAUAGCAACAUUGUAUCUUUUUUAUACAAUUAUUCAUUUCGCGGCUGAUACUGUAUCCACUGACUGGCUUUAAAAGAGGAAAUAAGCUGAGCACGUCUGAAGGAAGAUAGUUAAGGAGAGAAGGUUCUACCAUGCACUAGAACAUUAAGUACUGACAAAGCCAAGAUUUCACGCUGAUAUAUUGGAAAAGGAACGGUGAAGAUGGGGCGGAAAAAGAUUCAGAUUACAAGGAUCAUGGAUGAGCGCAACAGACAGGUCACAUUCACAAAGAGAAAAUUUGGAUUAAUGAAGAAAGCCUAUGAACUGAGUGUAUUGUGUGACUGUGAGAUAGCUUUGAUAAUAUUCAACAGUUCAAACAAAUUGUUUCAGUAUGCUAGCACUGACAUGGACAAGGUUCUCCUGAAGUACACUGAGUACAAUGAACCUCAUGAAAGCAGAACCAAUUCGGAUAUUGUUGAGACCUUAAGAAAGAAAGGACAUAAUGACUGUGAUAGUCCUGAACCAGAUGAUUCUUUUGAGCACAGUCCGCUCAUGGAGGACAAAUACAGAAAGAUUAAUGAAGAUAAUGAUGUAAUGUUCAAGCGAUAUGGUCCUGGUUUGCAAACUCAAAACUUUGCGAUGCCUGUGGCAGUACCCGUGAGCAACCAAAAUACGCUAACCUACAGUCACCCAGGAAGCUCUCUUGUCACCCAUUCAUUGGUAACGACAUCGAUAACGGACACCAACAUGCUCUCUCCACCCCAGGCUACGCUGCCCAGAAAACGUAUGUCACCGGUCACCCAACAGAGACCUCCGAGCACUGGUAAUGCGAUUACUUGUGGAAUGAUGGCAGACCUCACGAUGCAAAAUGGUGUAGGCACCAGCCCUGUGGGAAAUGGUUUUGUGAACGCACGAGCAUCUCCCGGACUGCUCUGCUCCACCGGCAAAGUCAUGCCCACAAAGUCCCCACCCCCUCCUGGUGGCAACAUCGCAAUGAACAAUCGCAAGCCUGACCUUCGUGUAGUGAUCCCACCGACCAGCAAGGGCAUGAUGCCACCUCUGUCAGAGGAGGAUGAGUUGGACAUGAGGAUAAGCAAUGCACAAUCAACACAGGCUCUGGCAACUCCUGUCGUGUCUGUUACAUCUCCAAGUCUACCUUCACAUGGGCUCUUGUACUCGACGUACAACAAUGAUUAUUCACUAACCAGCGCUGACUUAUCAGCACUACCAGGAUUCAACUCGCCAGGGACGUUGUCAUUGGGGCCCAUGUCGGCCUGGCAACAGCAUCAGCUGGGACAAGCAGCUCUCAGCUCACUAAUAGUUAACAGCCAGUCGCUUCAGGGUUCCAACCUUUCCGUCAACACCAACCAGAACAUCAACAUCAAGUCGGAGCCCAUCUCUCCGCCCCGGGACAGGAUGACCCCGUCGGGCUUCGUGCAGCAGCACACGCGGCACGACACGGGACGCUCGCCCGUCGACAGCCUGAGCAGCUCGAGCAGCAGCUACGACGGCAGUGACCGGGAGGAACCGCGGGCGGACUUCCACUCGCCCCUCGGGCUCCCGAGGCCAACGGCAGACGACCGGGAAAGCCCAUCCGUAAAGCGCAUGCGGAUGGACACCUGGGUGACAUAGAGCCGCCUGCUGCAGUCUCCUUUCGUUUUUUGUAGUAAUCUCUUUUGUUACAAGAGAACUGUCCUUACAUAUCUAAGACAAGGACAUGGAAAAUGUAUAAGUUAAUCAGGUACUCUACAGUGCAAAUUAAUUGUCUAUUUGCAGGUGUCCCACAUUUAAAUUGUAGUCACUGUUCCAGUCAGGCACUUAUUUGUAUUAGCUGUUAUAUUAUACUGGUUUGCAAAAAAAAAUAAUUAUAUUCUACCCUAUCAUGCUUGCAGAAACAAGACAAGUUGGUUGUCAAUUCUGACAGUGUGUGUAUGUGUGUAUAAAAAUGGUGUGGCUAGUUAAAUCUUCUGCUUAGUAUCAUUGAAGCUGUAGAAAGAGACACAAAAAGAGAGCAAUACUGUACAUAAAAUAAAUCUAUGAUAUUGAACCUGGCAUGGGUCUCCGUCUCUUGAAGGAGUGUGUUUAAAUUGCACGGUGUAUAGGACUGAGGUGAGCAGUUCUCUCUGCAAGUGCAAAAACGGGUUGUAGAAGUGGCAAAGCAAUUUAUUGAGUCCAUUGGAGACAUGCAUUGAAAGUACCCGCAUGAGAAAUGAGGCGACUGUAAGUGAAAAUAUAGCAUUUAGAGAAACUUAAUAUAUUAAGUUAUCAUUGGAAUUUGGUUAAAGUUCUUUUAUGUUGUUUUCUGAAAUCCAAAUUAGAUUCCAGAUCACUUAUAUAUAUUUUUAUUAAAAGAAAGCAUAAUACCCUGACUUAUUAUUGAUUAUAUAGAACUGUAUAAUUUUAAACACAUUCAGCUAUGAAAUUAUUUAUAUAUGCCAAAGUUGCAUGUUGAUGCUCUCUAGAUAUGGUUUAUCUUGUUACCUAGGCUUGGAUUUGCUUUUUUUAAAUGCAGGCUAAACCGUAAAAGCCGUGAACACUUGCUAACCUAUAUGUAAAGAGAAUUUGAGCCAAAUGUUUAUGUAAAUAGCAUCCUAAACAUAUCUCCUUUGGUGUACAAUGUAUUGUAUGUUCACCAGAUCAAAGUAUAUUUUUGUGGAUUAUCUCCAGUUUGACAGGGCAAGAUCCUUAUGUGUAGAUCAUCCACUGGCAUUUACUAUUUUGUUUAAUAUGUUGUACUUCCUUGGUUUUAAUUAUAUAUGAUAUUUGCAGAAAGUAGUAAGAGUUUUAUUUUCCUCCAUAGCAGUGAAUGUGGACAAUAAUUGUCAAUUGUGCUGUAUGGUAUCCCUUUACUAUACAUCAAUCCCAAUGUUAUAUUUGUCAUGCACAAAACUUGAAUACAAGUUCCUUAUAUUGUAGACUGUUGCAGUUGGAAGGUCACUGCUUUAUUCAAUUAUACUUUUCUGAUAUAAGCUGCCUUUUGUGAUAAUUCACUGACAGUAGACACGCGUGGUUCAUUAAAAAAUAGCCUGUAAGAGAGUAGUGCGGGUGAGUACCUUUUGAGAGUAAUAAAUACAAAAGGUCUUUUAUAUAUUUAAAAUAGAGGAUUGUUCAGUGAUGCGUGCAAUAGGUGAUUUGACAAUCAAAGGGGCAGGCCUGAGUGCACACUUGUAGAGAUAGAGUAAGGUUUGACCCCCUGGACAUGACUGACCUGAUGACUCCCUCCAGAGUCAAGGUUGAUUGCACCAAAGGGAACAAAUUCCGUUCAUGUAUUUUGUCCAGUACACACAUGAAAUAACUUAGUGAUUGUGAUAACAUGAAACAAAGAUUAAACGGGAACGACGUUGACAUGAGCUUUGUCAAUCGGUUCCAUUGACGUUUCAAUUCAUCAGCCAUCUGCUUUCCACCCCUCAAAGUCAAGAGGUGUUCUGCAUAGGAAUAAUCAUCCAUUUCAAUCAAUAAGCAGUUUGACUUUGACAACCUUUUGUAGCUCAACAUCCAUAACCAGAAAAAAAUGUUUGCAAUGGGAUACACCCCGCACUUCAUGGUGGGUCUCCCAUUCCUUGCUGAGGUGUGUGUAACCUCAGAUAAACACAACCUCAACUAGGUAACUCAACCUUAACUAGGUAACUAAACCUAACUGGCUCUGGAGGUUUAUGCCAGUGUUAUCCAUUCUGCUUAAGCUGGAGUUACAAGCGUUUUGUAUGACUUGUGUUCUUCCAAAAUGUACUCAUGAUGUGAUCAUUACAGCUGUUUGGUUCAAUUAACAAUAAAUAUGGGCAGAAUUUUCUCCUUUGAUUUUUCUUUUAGGAGUGUAGAAAUCUGACCUUUUUCCCUUUAGAUAGUGAUAGAAUAUAAAAUAUUUGGAUGUAUUCAAAAUAUUGUUUCAUUGCUUUGUCUAAUGUAUAUAUUCAACUGACUGUACAUUGCAUGCACCUCCUAUAGAAUUAACAUUUAACACACUCAACUCAGCGUAGGGUUUUUUUCACAUGUUCCCUUUGUUUCCACAUAUUUAAUUUGUUGAAAAUUGUGUUCAGAUUGACAAAAUAAGGCUAAUGCUACUGAAAUGAUGGGAAGAGUUAUAACUAGCUUGCUCACUGCUGAAUAGACCACUUUUAUGCUGCAGAGUAGCAGCUGAGUUGUGUACUCUGCAAAAUGGAAAAACAUAUUGCUUUCUUGAAUUUUGCAUGUAAGUGAACAUUUUUUUUUCUGUACAUUUGGUGAGAAGUUUGCUUCAUAUUUACUGUGUCCCCUUGUGUGCAAAAUGCCUUAUGUGGUGGCAUCAUUUUUCCCUUUUUAUUCUCCAGUAAAUGUCCAGCAUUGUGGACAUUAACUGUAGUCAGAGGCAAACACUGUUUAACGAAGGAACAGCUUUGCUGAUUGUUGAUAAUAUUAUGUCUGCGUUAAGCAAUCCUCACAAGUUCAACUUGACCAUAAUUUAAGACAAAAAUAAUUUUCAGAUGCAUCUUUUUCCUUCACAGUGCCCAUCACACCACAUAACAUAUCUCCAAGCCUCCAUAGCAUUCUGAAGAGUUUGAGAUAAGACCUCCUUUGUAAUGUAACGAUUAAUGGACUGCCUAAUGGUAAGGGCUCACCUGAAUGACAUAAAAUCCUGUAGUUAACUACUUAUACAAGCAGUUAAUCUUUGCCGAAACACUCUGCUACACCCUCUAUGCCAAUGGCCAAUAUUUUUGAUAGAUAGUUUGCAGAAUUGAAUUGUGUUAGGUACUGCCAUCAUUCCACCUGGCACCACACAAUACCUCAAGCUAUUAUCAUAGCAAGUUGCAGCUAUCUGCUGCAUUGUGGCAAAGUGACAACGUGUGAAAUAAUUUACCAGGAAAUUAUCGAGAGAACACAUAAAAUAAUGACAUUUGCUAUUUAACUGAACCAAUGUUGCAUGAAAAUGAUGGUGUGCUUAACUGGCUUAUCUCUCCAUUAUAACUAAUCCUUGAGAUUUCUAGAUUCGUCUUUUAUUUCGUGCCAAUACUGAAUAAUUUACCUUUGGAAGGGGGUUGAAGCAGAGUCUUGAACUCACUUAUCCAAACGCAUAAAUUGGAGCUGGUAGAUGCAAUAGACAUUUGGCAAUAUUUCUUGCCUUUGGACCUUGUAGACAAGGCGUUCCCCAACCUUUUUCGUCCCGUUUACCCCUGGCAACUUUAAUAACACAUGGCAAUGUUAUUUCACUCAUUUAUGAACAACUAAUGAUGAACAGAUACCGGUAUACCAGAACUAAACACAGUCAGUCAAAUCUGCAUAAAUCCAGAAUCAACAAAUUUACCCCAGGUUGGGAACCCUUGUUAUGGACCUUCUAACUAAAGGUAAAGAAUAAAUCCCAAAGUCCCAAAUCUCCCUAGAUGUACAGGUGCGUAGGUUAAUUGGCUUGGUAUAAUUGUAAAAUUGACCCAGUGUGUGUAGGGUGGGGUAGUGUUAAUGUGCGGGGAUCGCUGGUCGGUGCAGACUGGGCAGGCAGAAGGACCUGUUUUUUUCCCUGUAUCUCUAAACUAAACUAAAGUAGACAGAUUUCCAGAUGGAAAAAGACAACCUUGUACUAUUCGUUAUAUCCUUGAGGUGCAGGAGAAGGUAAAAGCAUGUUGGCAUUUAGCAUUUGAAGCAAUUCCUAAACCAGAAACGAUGUACAACUCCAACUAAUUUCCUACCAUCAAUACGAAUAAGGAGUACAAAUGUCCGGUGACUUGCAAAUGCAGUCUGUGAAAUGGAGUGAACACGUUAAGUUCAGAAGGCAGCAGUUUUGAAUGUUUGUUGAAUACACGGCUCCUGACAGGAAGAGAAAAUUCAAUAACGCCAGGAGUUGUCAUCCAUGACAUUUUGAUUUAGAUAUCACAUUUAUGUCAUGUAUCAAAAUACUAUGGGCAGUAACUCUCAGGGUUAAUUCUAAAUAACAUUUAAAUACCUUCUCAAAUAUGUAUUACAUAUCUUCUAUACCUCCUCACUGGUAUGAUCCCAUGGGCUUAAAUUUACAAUAAUUUUUUUUAAAGUUUAUAUUAAAAUCAGCUGCCUAAUAUGAAGGUAUUGGUAAAAAAAGAGCACUUUUUUCAUUAGUCACAAAUUAAUUGAUUAUUAACAUCCAGGUCUGGUUUCUCUUCAAAAGCUAUUUUUUCCGAAUCUUAAUUGCAAAGAUGGUCAGAUGCCUUGCAGAGUAUCGCGCAGUGUGAGGUGGUCCCAAUGUAAUCACUUUAUGCAACGUUUAGCUGUGGAAACCAGGGAUAUAUAUAUGAGGGUGAUGUCCAUCUGCACACAAGAGGCAGUAAACUCGAACUCAAACUUCUCUGUCUCUGGACACUGUUUAUGAAAAAAUAAACAAAGUAUGCAAAGAGAAAGGGAAUAAAAACGUUGUUCUUCUACUUUUGCACAGUCUUUCUACCCUCUGCUGCGCAAGACACUGCUUUGCAAAAAUAUUUAAAAUUGCUUUUUUUUAAAAACUGAUGUAUUUGGUAAUUGUUUGUUACUUGUAGAAAUCACCGGAGCUGUUCACGGUUUAAAUUUUAAGCCUGUUGGCAGCACAAGCUGGACUUUGUUGCCAUCAUUGAAACAAAUGUUGAUGAGACUUUAAGUUAACCUGCGAUUUCCCUGAAUGUGUUGUUUUACUUCAAUAUACAAAGAUAAGUGAACUUUUUAUCAGAUGAUUACGAUUAUGCUAGAGAUUGUUGUAAAAAUUUGUACCCUGCACUCACUUAAGUAAAGAUAUUGGCUUUUACUGUGUAA